AUGUCGGGUGAUACAGAGGCUACAUUUAUUCUAUCCUUAGACGAUGAUGAUUCAACAAUAGAAGCACAAAUCAAUGCUACAAAAACAACAGACGAGACAACAGUUGAAUUCUCUAUAUCAAUUACUGAUGAUGCUGUUGAAGCGAAAGGUGAAACAAUGUCAUUAGAGGAACAAUUAGCAUGGUUCAGUGAUUACCUUGAAAAAGAAUCACGAAUAUUCGAAGAAAAAUGGACACAUCCAGUACAAAAUAACGCAACACUGAAUCAAUUUGAUCGUUUAAAAACAUUGGGUACAGGAUCAUUUGGACGUGUAAUGUUAGUCAAGGAUAAAAAGACGCAAAUCUAUUAUGCAAUGAAGAUUUUAGAAAAACAAAAGGUUGUCAAAUUAAAACAGAUUGAACAUACAUUGAAUGAAAAGAAGAUUUUACAGGCAAUCAAUUUUCCAUUUCUUGUUCGAAUGGAUUUCAGCUUUAAAGAUAAUUCCAAUUUAUACAUGGUGCUUGAAUUUGUUAGUGGCGGGGAAAUGUUUUCAUAUCUAAGAAGAGUUGGAAAAUUCAGUGAAGACGAUUCACGAUUUUACGCGAGUCAAGUUGUAUUGGCAUUUGAAUAUCUACAUUCAUUUGACUUAAUCUACAGAGAUUUAAAACCUGAGAACUUAUUGAUUGCCAGUGAUGGCUAUCUUAAGGUUACUGAUUUUGGUUUCGCUAAAAAAAUAAAAGGUCGUACAUGGACAUUGUGUGGAACACCAGAAUAUCUUGCGCCUGAAAUAAUCUUAAGCAAAGGUUACAAUAAAGCAGUGGAUUGGUGGGCAUUAGGUAUUUUAGUCUAUGAAAUGGCUUGUGGUUAUCCGCCGUUUUUUGCUGAUCAACCAAUUCAGAUUUAUGAGAAAAUAGUUUCUGGUAAAGUUCGAUUCCCUGGACAUGUCAGUCCUGAUCUACGCAAUCUUCUCAAGCAACUCUUACAAACUGAUUUAACAAAACGUUUUGGUAAUUUAAAAAAUGGUGUUGAUGAUAUCAAAUGUCAUAAAUGGUUUCGACCAACUAAUUGGGUUACAACUUAUCGAAAAGAGCUAAAUGCUCCAUUCCUACCACCAAGUAAAGGACCUGGGGAUUCAAGUAAUUUUGAUGAUUACGAAGAAGAACCCUUGAGGAUAUCCAAUACGAAUUAUUGUGAAAAUGAGUUUAAAGACUUUUAAACCAAGAAAUAAAAGAAGAGAAGAGAAGAGCUUAGAACAGAACAUAGUGUCACAGUUAUGUUUUAUAUGCCUUUCCUUUUGGUUCUGUUACAUUUAACUUUUUGACCUUUUCUCAGUCUAUCUGCCUAAAAUUGUUAAACACAUUUUUAUUUCUCUCAGAACAGUAUAACGAUAACAACUCAGUGAGUAAAGCAGACGAUAAAUGUAAUAUUAUCUUAUCAGUAACAGUCAUGGAAAAAAGUGUUUGCUUAUAUAGCGCACUAAUUUUUACAUGCAAUAAACAUUUUUUUUCUAUCAAUAAGUGUACUUCAAUAUGAAGUAAUGAAUUUUGUCAAACCUCAAAAUAAAAUAACAGCCACGAGACCCAAUUCUCCAUAAAACUGGAAUGAUGAAGAACCAAUUGAAUCAACUUAUGUAAUGUAGGAGACUGACAUUUCAUAGAAUGUCAUCUCUUCUUCUUCUUUAUUGUCUCUCUCGUCGUUACCGUUGUCGUUGUUUUGGGCGUCGUGGUUUCCCUUAUAUUCGUUUGCAUUUCACUUUUGUAAACUAUAUCUUCACUGUAAUACAUUGUAUAUGAUAUG